AUCAAAAUCUCAUCAGCUUACUUUUACAAUCUUUAAUUAAGAAAAAAGAAAUGUGGUUUUUAGAUGAUCCAAAAACCAUGAACAUAAUCAAAAAUAUCUAUGAAAUGAUGACUCUUGAUGCUGAACCAUUCGCAUUAGUUGAGCGAAAAGGCUUUCAAAGAUUAAUAAAAUAUUUGGCACCGCAGUAUCCUCUUGUAGAACAUAUUUUUCUGAAAAAAUUAUGCCACGUCUGUAUGAAAAUUUGAAAACAUGUUAAAGAAAAAUUAAUUACUGCGAUAAAUAUAUCGUUCUCCAUCGAUAUUUGGCCUAAUCUAACAAACAACGAGUCAAUUAUAAGCCUGACAGCUCAUUUCAUACGAAGUGAUGAUAUGCAAAGAGAAAUACUUG